CCGUCCCCCGGGAGCGCGGUCACUGCCCCCUCCGUCCCCCGGGAGCGCGGUCACUUGUCCCCCUCCGUCCGCCGGGAGCGCGGUCACUUGUCCCCCUCCGUCCGCCGGGAGCGCGGUCACUGCCCCCUCCGUCCGCCGGGAGCGCGGUCACUUGUCCCCCUCCGUCCGCCGGGAGCGCGGUCACUUGUCCCCCUCCGUCCGCCGGGAGCGCGGUCACUGCCCCCUCCGUCCCCCGGGAGCGCGGUGACUUGUCCCCCUCCGUCCCCCGGGAGCGCGGUCACUUGUCCCCCUCCGUCCGCCGGGAGCGCGGUCACUUGUCCCCCUCCGUCCGCCGGGAGCGCGGUCACUGCCCCCUCCGUCCGCCGGGAGCGCGGUGACUUGUCCCCCUCCGUCCCCCGGGAGCGCGGUCACUUGUCCCCCUCCGUCCGCCGGGAGCGCGGUCACUGCCCCCUCCGUCCGCCGGGAGCGCGGUGACUUGUCCCCCUCCGUCCGCCGGGAGCGCGGUCACUGCCCCCUCCGUCCCCCGGGAGCGCGGUGACUUGUCCCCCUCGGGCAUCCGGGGUUGGCGUCGGGAGCAGGCAGGGACGCCCAACCGCCCCUGGUCCUCCAGAGCGCCACCCCGUUAGGGUAGAACUACAGACACUCUCACCCUCCCCCCUCCCCCGGCCAGGAUGGGAAAACAAUCCGAAACCUACUUUCAGUUUCAUUAUUAGCCGUAUUUUUUAAAAUACCACGAGAUGCGGACCUGAUACCGGGCCCACAGGGAGAUAUCGCGAGAUGUCUGGGACCAGGCGGGUUUCGCGACAAGUGGAAAUCCCGCGAGAGGGGACGCCGGAGGCGUUCCCUGUGUUAUCCAACCGGGGCGGGGCUGGCAAGACGGUGGUGGUGAGGGUGGGUCUUCCGGGGACGAUGCCGUCCGCCUUCUCAGUCAGCUCAUUCCCUGUCAGCAUUCCUGCCGUGAUCACGCAGACAGACUGGACCGAGCCGUGGCUCAUAGGGCUGGCUGUCUUCCACAUUCUGUGCCUGCUGCUCACAUGUCUCUCAUCCCAGAGGUAUAAACUACAGGUCGGACAUUUCCUGUGCUUAGUAAUUUUAGUGUAUUGUGCUGAAUAUAUCAACGAAGUAGCAGCAAUGAACUGGAGGUUAUUUUCAAAAUACCAGUAUUUCGAUUCACGGGGGAUGUUCAUUUCCAUAGUGUUCUCGGCACCACUGCUGCUCAACGCCAUGAUCAUUGUGAUUAUAUGGGUCCGAAAGACUUUGGAUGUGAUGGCUGACCUGAAGACCCUACAGGAGAAGAGAAGAGAAAGGAAAAGGAAGGAAGAGUGAAGCCGGAACAGUUGUGGUGGUUUUCUUGGUGGAAUUCAGGUUUCCUCCGCGUCGUUGUUUGUGGGCUUCCUUGUUAGCGCCCACUCAUGUCUGUACAGAGGAUUUGCACCAUAGAGCACACUUUACAAUUGCUCUUCAAAAUAAAUGCUACUGUCCGUGUGAAUGUUUGUUAAGCCUGGAUCUGUGUAGGAUGUUUAGUGUCUUCCUGGUGAAAGUGUAUAAAUCGGUGGUGUCUGUGCAGAGUUCUCCCUAAUUUGCUGAGUUGUUCAUGUCAUCUGUGUGGUUACUGGUAAUUAGAAAGCGUUCAAGCAAUGUGAAAACUUGGAACCAAGUGAUAAACAAUGCUGUCCAUGCGUAGGUACCAUCACCCCCUACACUCUACUUUCAGGGCCGUGGCCACCGGUGGCCUUCCAUGUGGCAUGUGGCCAAGUCGGUGACGUUCUGGGUUGCCUCUGGAGGGCUGCAGCCCAGGGAUGCUGCUGGGCUUCCUGCAGUGACUAGGGCAGCACCUGCGCUAGGGACGAUGUGACCCAGAACCUUAGCAGUGCCGAGGUUGAGAAGGCCUGGGCCAGAGCCGCCUUACAUGAGACCCCGGGAGCAAGGUCCUGAGAAGACACGCACUUGUGAGCACAGGAAGCCAAGACCCAGGAGGAACACCACCCAAUCGGACCUCAGACAGGAAGCUUGCAGCUCCUUUGGGUUCUCACAGUAGUUACAAGUGUUACAGUACGAAGGCCUUGAAGUCCGGAUUCCAUGGAAAGUACGUGAGUGAGCCCGUUGAGCGAGUUUUUCAGGAUGUAAGAUUACAAAUAGAAAUAGUUGCAACUAAUAGAUUUUUAUAACAAGUAGCAAGAUUAUAUUCCUUCCUAAAUUUCACUUUUUUAAAAAUAGGGUGCUCAGGAACAUGUUAUGAAUUUUAUUAGAACAGGUCUGCUCUCACUUUGUAGUGUCCACUUUCCAGGCUGCUGUCCCAUGCUCCUGGUUCUGUCCAGUGUGGACCUAGCUGGAGGACCACAGGUGAAUAGAGACCCAGGUGUUUAAAAGUGCAGUGUUCAAUAAAGGGAAUGCUGCUGGCUCUCGAUGUGGGCUUGAAAAAAAAUAGUUUGUGAGGAGUUGUCUGAAUUUUAAGAUUGUUAUUUCCAAGUGAAACAUAUUCUUCAAAUUUCAAAAAAAAAUGUCCUUAUGAAAGCAUUUACAUUUAGCAGCUUAAGAGGUGACACUUCGAAAGAUUCUGAAAUUCAAUCUUGAAAUACGGAUAUAUAAUGUUUCCAUGGACAAUCGUGGACUUUUAGUAGAGAAAUGAUUUCCUGAAUUCUGACAGUUUUACAAGUGAGUUGAUAGAAUCUUCUAGAUAGGUCCAGUGUUUUUACCCUGAUGUGUUUUCCAGUUCCUUCUUGAUACAUUAUCUUCUCUAUUGAACAUAAGAAAUGACUUCAAAGUAGCAUUCUGUGUUCUGUCCGAUCUUCAAUCUGUUGUGCCUGCAGCCUGUGUCUGGAAGCCCCCCGUCAGGUGUGGACUGGUGCCGUGGCUCCCGAAGAGCUCCCACGUCAUGGCCCCAGGCCCAGGGGAGGAACCAUGUGAGCACACGCGAGGCAGAGGGCAGGUGCAGGAUGAGCUUGUUGCCCUGGCCUGUGGCGGGAGGGUCCGUGGUGGACGUAAGGAGGCCAUGUUACUUUGCACUAUCCGUCAUUAUUUGGACGGUCACAGUACAGAGCCGUCUGAAUUUCCUAGUGUAAUAGCAUCCUUCACUUGGCCUAUACACUGUGGAAAUGUGACAGGGCCUUUUUGUCUUCCACUUGCAUGUGCAUAAUUUUGAGGGGGGCAGUUGUACUUUGUUUUCACACACACAGAAACAGCUUAUUUUUUACCCGUCUCGUAAGUUCAUAUUCAGUGGCUUGAAUUGCAGCGUGAACAAGUGUCUUUCACGCUAAGGAAGAUUUCGAACCAAACUGGUCGGCAAAGAGUUGAGCAGCGAGAAGCAUAUGGUGACUGGAUCCACGUUGAGGAGGGUGGGGGUGUGCAGGGAAAGGUCCAGAGGGUGUCUCCCCUGCUGUCCAAGUGAAGCAGACGUUUAACUAUUUACAGAAAGAUAAGAGAUUUACGAUUAAAAAUACACUGUAGUAGUCCAAAUCUGUGACACCUUCAAUUUCUUGAUUGCUGUGAAAUAAAAUAUGUAUUCUCAUUUUUGCCCAAAA